GGAUAGGCUAGGGUUUCGACGGGUGACCACACUGCUACAAUUUCUCCCUCUCCCUACAUACAUUGACAAUUGGCCUACGGCUCAAGCAAGGCUCCUGCCUGCCGGUUUCCUCAAUUAUGGCGUGGCAGAGGCCUAAUUGCAUUGUUCAGGCGGUGCAGUCGGUCCGAAGAACUCAGUUGCAGUCCAUACUGCGAACCUCCACAGUCACUUCGGGGAGCUUAUUACAACAGCGAAAGGGUGCGCGAAGUUAUGCAACUGAGGCCCAAAUCACUGGUGGAAAUGCUCUCCAGGUACGAGCAGCUCCCGAGAUCGAUUUCUCCCAACUCGCUACCCGUCCUGCUCGGGUCAUUCCCGCAUCACCGGCCUACUUCUCCGGCAGUCCCAAGUUCAUCGAUCAUUUAUUGAAUUUGGAACGUAUCUGCGCAAAGUACGCAUCACUACCUACGGUGUCCCCGAGCGAAGCGCCUCGAAUGGCAUGGUUCAAACUUGCACAGUUCCGCGACUUUGUCGGCGAGCCCGUACCGACGAAGAAAUACAAGAGCUUGGUCAAGAUUCUGCAGCGACUCAAUCGCAUUGAGCCUGCUCUUCUCCCGGGGGAAGUCCGCGACACCUUGAAGACCUUUCUUCGGCCUGGUAACCCGUACGGAAAUAAGCCGGCGCCGGCGACGGUGGACGAGAUGGGGCGAGCUCGCGGCAAGGGAAAGCGCAAGACCUCUUCGGCGGUGGUCCACCUUGUCGAAGGAGAGGGUGAGGUCAUGGUAAACGGCAAGACGCUGACGGAAGCUUUUCCCCGUCUGCACGACCGUGAGAGCGCAACUUGGCCGCUGAGAUGCACGUCGAGACUAGACAAGUAUAAUGUGUGGGCUACAGUUCGGGGAGGUGGAGUCACUGGCCAGGCAGAGGCCAUCACAUUAGCGCUUGCACGGGCACUGCUCGUCCAUGAGCCGGCGCUGAAGCCAAUUUUGCGAAAAGCUGGUGUCAUUACCGUCGAUGCUCGUCGCGUCGAGAGAAAGAAACCUGGUCACGUCAAGGCUCGCAAGAUGCCAACCUGGGUCAAGAGAUGAAAGCAUGUUUAUUCUCUCUUGGUCCUGGAGCGCUGUUUGUUCUUUACUCCAUUUACUGUUCUUAUUUCCCCGACCUGUAUCAUUAUCUCACUUGCCACCUUGAUCUUUGACUGAAUAUACUUUCGAGUCCUCCGCAUCACCGCGAGUGCCAUGGCGGUUUGUUUCAAGACAAGACACUUGCAUGGGUGGUCUCGGCGACAAGCAAUGUACCUUAGUUUGACUCUUAUCGGGCGUUACCCUCAGAUGACAAUGAAAUCGAUUGAUUAGAGUUGUGGAUAAACA